CUGGCCACACCGCACAGCUGUCAUUGCCGUCUUUAUAUAACCUCAAAACUCAAACCUCAAAAAAUAUAAAAUUCCGGACUCUGGUUAUUUCGUAGAUUGUUAACUGAAAAUCACACCAUGUCCGAAUUUGAGAACCAGGCCAGCAACGACAAGGAGCUGCAGGAGUUCUUCAUGAUCGAGAAACAGAAGGCACAGGUCAACGCGCAGAUACACGAGUUCAACGAGAUCUGCUGGGAGAAAUGCAUCGGGAAGCCGAGUACCAAACUGGACCAUGCCACCGAGACGUGUUUGAGCAACUGCGUCGACCGAUUUAUCGACACCUCACUGCUGAUCACCCAGCGAUUUGCCCAGAUGCUACAAAAGCGCGGCGGCGGCGACCUCUAGGUGUUCCCCAAACUAAGUUACCCAGCCGGGAUCAGGGAUCUGGGAACCCUGGGAGCUUCCGCCACUGACCUACUGUUAAAACUAUUUUUAAACAAAAAAUUAUCAUGUAAGCAUUUUUUUUCCGAGCUGCGCCCGCUGCAGGCAUCCCGAAAUCCGGGUUCUGGAUUAUGGAAUCCGAAACCCGCCAGCCGGGAAAAGUGCCAGCCGGACGAAGCAUAAAUCCUGUACCAUAACUAUAUUGUUUUGACGGCCUGACGCUAGCGAAUUCAAAAAUAAAUACAACUUUCGUUUUGUAUGUUUAAAA